CCCCCCCCCUCGCUUGCUCGCCACACAGCCGCACCAACACCCGACGAUGGACCUCAAGGCGGCGUUUGACGAGAUCCUCGCCGCGCCGAUGGCGACAACCAGCUUUUGGAAGGACCUCUUCCUGCGGUAUGUCUUCCACACGGCCACCUCCUCGGACCUGCUGGCCGAUGAUCUGCUCUUCUACGUGAAGCUGCCGAUUGUCGACGGCGAGGUCGCCGAUCUGCCGGCCGAGGAUCUGCUGAUUGUCCGUCGCCGGACCGAGCCCAACGCCAUUCCCUCGGAUGAGGAGUCCCUCAUCAUCAACUGGCGCGAGACUUUCUACUUGAACACAGUGGUUCAGCUCAACUUCCAGCUUAUGGUGGCUGUUUGCACGCGGCGCUCGGUUGGCACCGAGGUGGCCCUGGAGGCGCAUCGGCAUGUCGCCAAGCGGGUGUACGCCUCGCCGAACAUGACCCGCAUGGAUCAGAAAGGCCACGACUACGCCGUGUCCUAUCCCCUGAUCUACUUCAUUGUCGAGGAUUUCGAGGAUGCCUUCGCCAACAUCAUCAUCCAUGAGAAUGAGUACCUUUGCGUGGAGGUGUCCGUCAAUUUCCAGGUCCCGGAUCAGCAGGGGUCGGUGGUCGCAUCGACCAGCGUCUCGCAGAAGCUGAACAUCCCCACCCAGCAGACCCCCGACCGGCCGAUGAAGGUGACCAUCUUCCAGGGGGCCGUCAACUGGCAGGCUCUGCUGAACACCUUCCAGAAGCAGCAGGUCUCCACGCUUCCCUUCACCCGGGCCGCGGCCUCGUCCUCCGGCGAUCGAGUUGAAUACAUCAUGAUGCGCGGCCCCGGCGACAAGGGCCAUACGCAGGUUGCGGUCAGCGUGCCGCCGGCGGCCAGCGCCUCGGGCGAUCUCGGCGCCAGCGACUCCACCGACUCCCUGCGGCAGGGGUUAAUGCGCGGCUGGGCCCGCCUGCAGCAGACUGUGCAGGGACGCUACGAGCCGAUUGCCCAACUGCGCACACAGCUGACAUUCGUCAACAUCCACUGGACGUCGAUCAUCAAUGACAUCAUGGACGUCUACUACGGAAAAUACAAUCCCUCCGGCGACCCGAAGUUCACCACCUCGCGCCCGGCGCCGGAGACCCCGCUAGCGGCCAUCAACACUGCUCGGCACCUGGCGCAGGCGCGCUGUCAGGAGAUGGCCGCCGCCUCCGAAAAGUAAGCUCACCGUGCGGCAAAGCCGGAUGCGCAUCCCCGCACAUGGCGCCCGGCCGGGCAUAGAUCUUCACCAAUAUACCCCGAAAGAGACA